UCGCGACUGGCGACACGACCACGUAGCCACAUGAUGCCGUUACCCUUCAACAAGACUCUCGACCUGACUCUGAUGAAGCUGGUCAAAGAGAACCCCAUCAUUUACAACUGCAAGCACCCCAAGUACCUGGACUUUGACACCAGGGAGGUGGUCUGGCAGAAGAUCGGCGAUAUUUUGAACCGUCCUCCUCAAGUCGCAAAGCAAAGGUGGAUAAACAUCCGAGACAUGAUGCGGCGGAAGAUCAGAGACCGUCUGCGGAACCCGAGCCACCGCAGUUACAACUACAAAUACGAGGAAGAGAUGUCCUUCAUGCUGCCUUACUUCAAGGAAACCACUUCGAACCCUAACGACGAAUACAGCGACUUCUUUGACGACCCCGCCUGCGAGGUCGACUUACCCACGGAAUUUAACGAACAAACCAGUUUCAACCGGUCAGAAGCUGAUCCUAGAGACGUAAAACCAAAUCUAACAUACAAAAAACGAUCAGAAGAUACCUUUAGCAAUGAAUCUAGGAACGAAUUCAGCCAAGAGUUAAAUCCUACAGAUCCGAUAGAUGUGUUUCUAAUAACUGUAGGAUCUACUUUGAGGAAGUUUAGUCCGUAUUACUUGAACCAGGCGAAGAGUAAGAUAUUCCAGGUGGUACAGGAUUAUGAAUUGCAACAGAUCGUUGAUAAGGACCAGCCUAGCAGCAGUGAUAACAACAGAUAGUUUAUUUGGGAUACGCCAAAAGUACAAAACUUUGGACGUUUAUGGUGACGGUCUCCCUAGAGCAGAGGUUCCGAAUUUUAUUUGGCCAUGGAACCCUAAUGGAUCAUACUUUUUUAGGCGGAACUAUAGCUGGCUAUUUUUAACCUCCGACCCAAAAAGAGGGGUGUUAUAAGUUGAACGUGUGUAUCUGUGUAUCUGUCUGUG